AUGUCGCCUCGUUUCGGUCCCUUCAAUCUUCCUCCAGAAUCAGAGCAAGUCGUCGAUGCUGACGAAGAGAUCUUCCUUCUUUACACGGACCUCCAAUCCUUCAGUCAAUCAGUUGAAUCUGGCAGUACGACACCCUUUCGCGGACUAGGCCAUAUUGACUCGUUCAAAGACUUUCUUACGGUUUUCUUUGAGUUGCACAAGCAACCCCUUCCAUCUCAAACGCCGUAUAACUCUAAAUCUAGGAAAGAAUCUCGGAAAACCCGCAAGGCGGAGAAGGGAACUCGUAACCCGAAACCACUUGAACUUGAGGUCAUGAUAUAUCAGGACAAGACUGCGCUGCGAAGUCGAAAGGGGGACACUGGGAGUGUGUUGUGGCAUGCGAGCGUAGACUUUGCAAAAUUGGUUCUACAACAGGUUCACUUCUCGGACCACACGAUGACACCUUUUGUCGACGGGGAGGAGCUGAAAACCUGCCACAUCUUGGAACUCGGGGCUGGAACCGGACUACUCGGAGUCGUACUUUCACCUUUGGCUAGAAAAUAUACCGUAACGGACAUCGACGAUUUGGUCCCCCUUAUCCAGAAAAAUAUUCAGCUCAACAUCCCUCGAUGGCCUCAUGAUACCAAUAUCACCAUUUCCCCGUUAGACUGGCUUGUUCUGCAACAAGCUUCCUCGACCAAACGGCGGGAGCUAUAUGCAUUUGAUCCAAUAGAUGUACUAUUGAUUGUUGAUUGCAUAUACCAUCCGUCUCUGUUACCCUCCCUGCUCGAGACCAUAAAUUUCCUGAUCGUUCCAGGAAGGACUACGAUCCUUGUGGUAGUGGAAUUACGUGCUCCGGAUGUUGUGAGGGAAUUUCUACAAUUGUGGAUAGCUAUGUCGGACUGGGAAGUCUGGCGAGUUGCAGAUAAUGGAAAACUUUUGGGCAGGCCGUACGCUAUGUGGGCAGGUAUGAAGCGGUCAACCUCGUUAUGA